CUUCUGAUCAUUUAAUGCAGAGUGGCAUCACUCAAUAAAAAGUUAAAUGUGCGAAUAUUCGAUUAGAUAUUUAGGGUAGUUAAACAGUGUUUUUGUUUUGCUCAUUGUUAAUACUCAUGUUACAAAACUACCCUAUUCCAUGCACAUACAAUCUCAGUUUUUAAAAUUUAUUAGUUGUAUAGAUUAUUCAGUCUAAUUUAUUCUCAUGAGCAAAUACGCUGGAUACAGUGAGGAUUCUCUAGGAAAUUCGACACAUGAAAAUGGAGAGAAGAAUGGACAGGAGGAAUUAGAAGUCCCUAUGCCCGGGCAAAAUGAACACAGACUUCAAUUUGCAUAUGCUCUAUGGUUUUCUCAUCGUCCUGGAGGAAAGCUGAUCAGUAUGCAACCGUAUGACCAAAAUUUGAAGAUGGUGGGUGUUUUCAGUACGGUAGAACAGUUUUGGAAUUUAUAUGGGCAUUUAAUAAGACCAUCAGAAAUGGCAGUUCAUAGUGAUUUUCACCUUUUUAAGCAUGGUAUAAAGCCUAUGUGGGAAGAUGAAGCAAAUAAAGCUGGUGGCAAGUGGAUUGUUAGGCUAAAAAAGGGACUUGCUUCGCGUUGUUGGGAAGAUCUUAUUUUGGCAAUUUUAGGUGAGCAGUUUAUGGUUGGUGAAGAAAUAUGUGGUGCAGUUGUUUCUGUUCGUUUUCAGGAAGAUAUAAUAUCAGUAUGGAAUAAAACUGCCAGUGACCAGCAUACCACAAUUCGAAUUCGAGAUACACUGAAGAGAGUUUUAAACCUCCCACCUAAUACAAUAAUGGAAUACAAAACUCAUAACAACAGUUUAAGAGAUAGGUCAAGUUUCCGCAAUACUGAUGUCUUUUUACACUGAAGAGAGAACGAAACUGAAACUGCUGAUUUUUUACAAGAAAAUGCCAUGUAUAUUUUUAAGACCAUAAAAUUUUUAGAUGCAUUUCA